GAAUAUCCAAGAUGGCGUAGCAGUAAGUCGUCCUGUCGUGUCGUGUCCCUUUUAUUUUUCGUUUUUUUACAUAUUUUUCGUUUUUUACAUAGCUAUCCCUUUAAAAACAUUUUGCUAAACCUAAGCUUCCAAAUACGCUGGAUCUUCACAACUAGCUAUCUAGCUAAACCGCAACCCUGGAUGAUUACCCCUGGCUAGCGUUUCCACCCACUUAGCUUGAAGCUAGCCCGGCCUGCGCUACCACCGUAGCAUACUCCUGAGCUACAAUACCCGGGCCCACGACCGGUCUAUCGAUGUCACCGCAUGAAGAGGAAUAAACAGACUCACCCCAUCGCGACGUCCCCCAAAGGCUAACUCUCUAGCCCUCGCUAUCUCCCUGCUUGCUAAUUCGGCCUGCUAACUGCUAGCUUGUCCAGCUCCGGUCCGCUAACUGCUACCUUGUCUAGCCCGGGCCUACAAACUGUUAGCUUGUUAGCACAGGCCUGCUAACCGCCUGAAUCGCCGCGUCCCAAACGCCCACCGGACCCAUAUUUACUUUCUAUCUCUUUUGACUUUUAAUUUGUUUAUACCUUCCGGAAACCUGCCUCACCCAAUGUGAUACGGAAUCGCUAUUAUUUUUUAUUUAUUUUUAGAACACACUCAAGAACCUCCAGAAGCUAACCAGCUAACUAGCUACAAGCUAUUUAGUCAUUGUUCGUUUUUUUAACCUGGAUAACACUCGCCAGUCCAGCUUCCCUUCCCCAUCCACCGCUGCCCCCUGGACACUGAUCUCUUGGCUACAUAGCUGAUGCACGCUGGACUGUCCAUAAAUCACGAGCCAGGAGAUCUGAUGAAGAUGAAGACAGUCAGUGUGGCGGUGGUGCUGAGCUUGCUGCUCUGCUCAGCUCUGUCGGCCCCUUUGAAAGGUAAAGAAGACUCCCAGAAGACCAUGUUCUUUGGGGAGGACUUCCAUCUGCAGCUGCCCUCCCUGGCUGCAGAGGUUUUGUUCCAGCCCAGUAGUGCCAAGGCGGGGGUUGAGGUGGUCCUGAUGCGGGGUGGGUCCGUGGUCGGUAACCGUGCCAAGCUCAACAGUCAGCUCAGUCACCUGAUCCUAGCGACCGUGGGUGAGGGGGACGAGGGAACGUACUCGGUGAAGAACAACGAACAGCCGGAAGAGGUCCGACGCAUCACACUCAUCGUCAGAGACUGUUCCAAUGAGCAGAACAUUAAGUAUGGGGAGAACUACCACAUCCAGCUGACAGGGGUGGAGGCUCCCAUCACCCUGGAGUAUAGGCCCAGUGCUGUGGAGGCCAACCUGACUUCCAGGCCGCCCCUGGUGCUGAUGACCCGAGGAGGGCUCUCCAGAGACGGGUACCAGGGGCGCCUGAGUGUCAACGAGCGCCGGGUCACCCUCAACGCCGUGACAGGCGCCGAUGAGGGAAGCUACACCGUCAGAGACACGAACCUGAAGAUCAUGAGGAAGGUCUGCCUAAAUGUCAAAGAACACCAGAACUUUGUGAAGCUGCCGUACGCUGGAACCCUGAAGAUCAACCUGAUUCUGAAUGCCUCCAUGGUGCGUCUGUUCUACACGCCUGACUACGACUUAAAAACCAGACAGAUCCUGGACGGGGGAGAGUUAACGGUGCCAGCAGACCUGGAUCUGGUGGGGCGGAUCUCUCUGGAUCCGUCUGUGGUCAUCCUGGACCAGGUCAAGGCCAGCGACGUCGGACAGUUCAAGGUCACGGACAUACUGGGGUUUCCUGUGUCCAACGUCUACCUGGAAGUGGAGGCCUACAAGCUGCCGUCCCUCUACGUGGCAAUCAUAGCACUGGUGGGCUUCCUGGUUCUCCUGCUGUUGGUGUGUCUGCUGUCCUGCCUGGUCAAGCAGAAGAAGAGGGCAGCCAAGGCCCGAGCCAUCGAGAAGAUUGCCCAAAACGCAGGCAAGGAGGACGAGGGAGAUGCCUUCAGACAGGUGGUGAAGAACAUUACUCAGUUUGAGGAGUCUAUAGCCCAGUCCAUCGACAUCACAGAGAAGUCUCAGAGCACUGAGGUGGACAUUAAAGGUCUGGAGGUGUCGUCCAAGGAGGUGGCAGGUGGUAACCUGGAGACCAGCGACUCAGGGGUGGAGUUUAACACCACUGGCCUCCCAUUGGACACUGACACUGACGUCCCCGACCAGAUUCCAGAAUCAGAGGCUGAGUCUGAGAGUGUUGCCUUCGUCCCAGAAACCAAGCCAAGCCCACCCCCGGUUACCAAACCUAGCCCGGUUCCCGAGAUCAAAAAAAUUCCUGAACCAGCUCCUGAACCAAAGUUGACCAUAACCAAACCCGUUGAGACCAAACUCAGCCCAAUCCCAAGCCCGGUCUCCAAGCAGGCUCCAAGCCCCAUUGCCAAAACACCUGAUCCAGCCAAAACUCCUGAAUUGAAAACUCCUGAUUUCAAAACUCCUGAUCCGAAAAUACCUGAAUUGAAAACACCUGAACCAACCAAAACUCCCGAUUUUAAAACUCCUGAACCGAAAACACCUGAAUUGAAAACACCUGAAGCAGCCAAAACACCUAUUGCUGUGUCUCCAAGCCCGGUGUCCUCUAAGCCAACCCCACCCCUGACCCCUGUCUCCAAACUAACUGCACCCCAACCAUCAACCCCUGAACCCCCCAAGCUGGUGACACCAACCCCAGAAUCCCCCAAGCCUGUGACACCAAUCCAGACUCCGACCCCAACCCCAAUGCUGAGCCCUGAACCUGCUCCGACCACCAAUGGCACACCCGAACCACCAGCACCUGAAUCCAAACCUGACACUGCUCCGGCCCCAGUGGGUCUGAUCGAAAGCCCUGUCGCCAAGGCAACCCCUCCUAAAACCCCUGAAGUGGAGGUGACCGCCCCAAGUAGUCCAGCCCUUGAGGCCAAAAUGGACUCCCCAGCUGAGGACAACACCGCAAACACCGCAACCUGAGAACAGUCCCUGCACUCCUCCAAGGGAAACCCCACAGACCCAUUAUCCUUUCCUUCUCCACCACUGUAGACAGACAAUCGAACACCCCCCUUACCAAAUAAGGAAGAAAUCACUGCUACUAUCGAGGCUGGGACUUCGAUUUAACACUUCUAAUGCUCGAACAUGCUGUAGGUUGUUAUGAUAGCUAACUCACCUGUACCUAACACUAACAUUAUCUUUGAGAUACUUUUUUCAAUUCACAGAUACUUUUCACCACAUAGGAAAUAUAAGCAAGCAAGUUCAUUUUGUCAGACGUUUUAGCUGUUGUUUCUUUUUGAACUUUCUAUGCUGCAUACUCUUUUUUAGUGUGUAAACUAGAGCAUGACUGCCGGUCUGCCAACAAAAUCAGUUGCAGAGUUUACAAGUAAAAUGUUAAACCUAGCUUCUUUAGAUAUAUUUGACGUUCAGAGGUGUGCAGAAUGGUUCCACACCCUUUUACAUAGAUAUAGGAACAAAUAAAUGGCAAGUGAACAUUACUCAAUCUAGUUCAACUACAUCUAUGACCACCUACUCCAUUUGUGGAAUGAUGAAACCUUUGAUGAUGCCUGCUCUAAUCUCAGCAUGUGGAAAAACAGACCAAAACGAAAGCACAAACAGCUCGUAAAUUUGCAACUGACAUUUUUUAUCUCAUAUGAUGAAACCAAUGACAUGAUUUAGACCCCCAAGGACUUAUAAAUGUGACUAUGACAUAACGUUCUCGUCAAACUGGAUGAAUUUAAAUCACCUUUCUAUCAAACUGGACUGGAUUCCUUCUCCUUGUGACAUUCUCUAGUAGUUUUCCUGAAACCUGGGAAUCCGGGAAUCUGGAAAUGUUCCUGCUGGUCCUCUGCCGUCCUAUAGAAACAUCUAGAAUGCUUGAAUGAUAAAACAUCCUGAUACAAAGGAUCCCCAGCAACACUAACACCUGAAUGCUAAACUCUAACAUCAAUUCCUUCUGCUAAACUAAGUCUAACUUUUGUUUAAAAUGGAUGUCUCAUGUGAUUGCGCUCCCAACCAUGUGAGAGACUGUAUUGGUUAUAAGGUGUUGGCCAACUCUGACUGUCCCAGUGGAUCUCUAGAAUCAGUUUAAUCCAAGAGAAAGAGCUUGUUUUGAUCCUUGACCUCACCCCAGCACCUGAAGACCCCAAGGACACACCUCAGCACUUUAAGCAAUCCCCAGUGAAUCUUGGGAAAUGUAGGGCUGAUUGUUAUUGUGCUGACUACAACUAUGAGAGUGGGAGAGGGAGAGGAGGAGGGGUCUGGUGAGUGAUGUCAUUGGCUUAGUCCUAACAUUUAAAAAAAGGAAUCCUCCCUUCUCUAUGUCCUUCUUUACUUCUGUCCUUCCUUCUGUCCUUCCUUUCUUCUGUACUCUCUCUUUUCCUUCCUCUCUUGCUUGCAGCAGGUGGUGAAGUACGGUAUUAUGGCAUGGUUUCAUCUGGCCGAUAGAUGUAGUUUUACUGUAGGUCCUGCCCUCUUGACUUCUCAUUUAUAGAUUAUAGGUCAGCCUUUAUACCCCAUGAUGACUUAUAAAAGUACAGUAUGAAAGUAUAGCCUUCCCUGAGAUAAUAGAACAGACCCAUGUCAGACUAUUCCUUGCCUACACACAUCUACAUGCAUUACAGUCGUCUAUGAACUACAUACUGGAAGCCUUGAGCCAACUGUAGAUGUGUUCCACGGCUCUGAUGCCUAGUAUGGUGAUCUCACAGUACAGUAGACAUACAGUUCUGGUUAUUUGCUCCAGCCUAAAACAGACACUUCACAAAUUAACCCACUAGCAUCCAUCCACAGCACUGGAUAUGAUGUCAAAUCAUGGGUUGAUGUGUUCUAAUAGCCUACCGUAUUGCCAUUGGUCUCUCUGACUGCCCUAAAAAGGUCCUGCGAGAACUUCACUAACUAGUAACUCACUGUACCACCAUCUCCAGGACUGUGCCAUGACACCAUCUGUCUUUAGUUGCUUGAAGCUAUGUUGCUCUAGCCUAGAUUUACAGGGCAAUAAGACUUCGCUGGUGGUUAAAACUCCUGUAGCCGCUAUGUGUUACAAGAGGAGGUGUGCAGAUACAUUUUGCUUAACAAAAGACAUCUCUACCUCAGUGUUUUAACUGACCGUCGUGACAGACACCAUGAAUGGUACAUUGAGUUCAGUGGACUACAUCUAAAAGCAUUUAGGAUUUUUAAUAAGAGAAGCACAAAUAGGAGCCGUGUUAAGUUCACCAACCCAUCAAUCAGUUGUUGGAACACAUAGAAAGUACAUCCAUCUUCAACUUCAAACGAUGGCCUUUCUCUUUCUAAACACUUCCACAAUUCUAAGACGUUUUUUAAUGCUAAAAUGAAUAUGAGAGUAAUAUGAAAGUUAAAAGCCAUAUGGUAAGAUAGAGAUAUAGAUGUUGAUAAGUACAGUAAAUGAAUCAUGAUGAAUACAGUAUGAAUACAUUAGUGUUUGAGGGGCCUAAAUUAUUUGCUAUAUUGUCAUUCAACUGAUGUAAGUGAUGAAAUGUCAAGGAUUAUGUCAAAUUCUACCACUGAAGAGAUUUGGCUCCACUCUCAAUCUCGACCGCAAUGCUCGUUAAGCUCUGUUGUGUGGAGCCGUAACACCCAUUUAGGCAAUACUAAAAGCAGUGUUUAUCUGUUUCUACACACACACAAACACUCGCUUAUGACCCUGCUGACGAGGUUCAGCAUUGUAAAUAUUGCAUGUGUAAGGUUUUAAAAGUCUCCUCUCAAAGGUUGAAUGUGUUUAGUGUAUAGAAUGGUCGUUGUAUUAUACUUGAUGAUAUAAAAAAGCUAAUCUAAUUUCUCACCUGUGCAAAGCCUACAUGCUGAUUAUUGAAUAUACUGUACACACAAACUAAUCUUCACUAACUUAUAAAAUACAACUUGAACAACUGAAAAUCGGAAACAUAACUGAAUAAGUGCAUAUUUUUCCGUGUCACGGAUCUUCGAAUAGAAUCUAAAAUAUUUUGAUUGGAUUAACUUUUAUUAGUACUAUUUCAACCCUAUGAUGAUAACACUCACAGUAUAACACCCUUACAUAACUUAUAUAUAUAUAUUAAAAAAAUACAGAAUGAUCUAUGUCACUUUAAAGAUAAAGACGUUUAUUGCAGCAUGUCCACAUGAUCUCCUCAAAGACAGUAUUAUUAUUAUUCACAUUUUUCUGCUUUUAUAAAAGCCGUCUGUGUGUGUGUGGAGGAUUGAUCAGUCAUAGUGUUAUCUUCAUCCUAACGUGUGUGUGUGUGUGUGAUUGUACCUGUGUGUGUGAUUGUACCUGUGUGUGUGUGUGUUGUGCGUGCCCGUGUUGUGUGCAUGCGUACGUGUGACACAUCAUUUUGUAUCUGUGUCUAGGUAUAAGCCUAUGUGUGUGCAAUGAAAAGAAAAUCACAACUUCAGCUGUAUGUCGACUUCACAUAUCCAUGCUUAGAAAUGAUUGUCCUCAAUGAUCUGCUUAUCAUCUGACAUUUGUUUAGAAACCGGUCAGUGUUUGUCCAGAGUCAGUAUGUGGUUAACAUCACACAAACCUGCACCUCUGAGGUGCUCUACACAGGAUGACUCUCAUCUUUGAUUUAGUGCCUCAAAUUUGAAAUCAAAUAUUCAAUGGCUAGUCAGCCUAUAUUCUAUAAAUACACUCCAAGAGGCACCGUUUAGUUUAUAUGAUGUAGGGCUCAGACUAAACAGAGGUAAAGUACUAUGUGCAGACCUGACUACCUUAUAGGUCUACUGUACUGUAUAUAUAGACACAACACAGUCAGGAGAUACAGAAUAUUGUAGUCAGGACAGGAAGUGUUUCAUAUAAAGCACUCAGUCAUGAUUGGAAGAGUGAUAAAUGACCUAGUUGCUUGCCAUUUGGUUGUCAGGGUUUAUUUGAAUGUGCAUUAGCAUGAGAUGGAUAACAUGUUGAAGUGUAUUGUGUAACUUGGUGAGACAGUAACUGCUGUUCAUCUUGGGAAUUCAGUGGCACUAUUUGUAUGUAAACAGCAGGUUGAAUUCAAAAUGGAUGCAAAAGCCUCAAACAGUAUUUGAGAUCGAGCCCUCCUGAAGUGGAACUGAGAUGUGCAAUGUGGAUGAAUUUGACAUGUUUUAUACCACUACUGCAUUAUAGCGCUUCCCAAAAGAGGGGGUAAUGUAACAAACCUACCCUAUUUGGGAUGGUUGGUUAGUGUCUGAGUCUUGGAACCAGAAGGUUGUGGGUUCAAUUCCCUCCCUGGCUGGGACAGACCCCCCCCCCCAAAUUCACACCAGUGUUCUCAUUGGUGUUCCUUGCACUAUGUGAGUGAUCUCUCUCUGCCCUGGUUCUGAUUCUGUCUGUUUACUCCUUCUGCUG